AUGUCAAAUCUAGUCCAGAAAAUCACCGCCCCGAAUGGCGUCGCCUAUGAACAGCCCCUCGGUUUGUUCAUCAACAACAAAUGGACGACGUCCAGCAACGGCCAGAAAAUCGUCUCUAUCAAUCCGACAACCGAGUCGGAGAUUGUUUCAGUCUAUGCCGCGACAGAAGACGAUGUCGAUUCAGCCGUUCGUGCAGCUCGUGCAGCAUUUGAGAGCGAGACUUGGUAUGGCAUGGAUGGUACUAGCCGUGGCCAACUGAUGGUGAAGCUGGCCGACAUUGUCCAGCGUCACGAGCAGGUUCUGGCAACCAUUGAAGCCUUGGAUAAUGGAAAACCCUAUAGCAAAGCCCUGGGGGAUAUAGAGGAAGUGUACAAUGUCUUGCGCUACUAUGCAGGUUGGGCAGACAAGCACUAUGGUCAGACCAUCGAGACGUCUCGCGCAAAGUUCACGUACACCAUUCGCGAGCCAAUCGGUGUUUGUGGCCAAAUUGUUCCAUGGAACUAUCCCAUCGGAAUGGCAUCAUGGAAGCUGGGUCCAGCUCUGGCCUGCGGUAACACGAUUGUCAUCAAAGCUUCCGAGCAGACUCCACUGUCAAUUCUGUAUUUCGCCAAUCUGGUCGCGGAAGCAGGAUUCCCUCCGGGUGUUCUUAACAUUAUCAAUGGCCAUGGUUCCGAAGCCGGCGCCACACUCGUUCAGCACCCCGCAGUCGAUAAGGUCGCCUUCACUGGAAGCACAGCCACUGGCAAGGAGAUCAUGAAGCUGGCCAGCCGGACCUUGAAGAACAUCACCUUGGAGACGGGCGGCAAAAGCCCACUGGUGAUCUUCGAUGACGCCCCGCUCGAAAGCGCCGUCAAGGCGGCGCAUUUUGGCGUGAUGGGGAACAUGGGCCAGAUAUGCACGGCGACGUCUCGGGUGUUUGUGCACGAGAAGAUCUACGAUUCGUUCAUGGAUGCAUUCGUCGCCUAUGUUGCUAAGAUCAACAUCAUUGGCGACCCAUUCGACGAUAAUACGUCCCAGGGAGCCCAGGUUUCGAAACAGCAGUUCGACAAGAUCCUCGCGUAUGUCCAGGCUGCAAAGGAUGAAGGCGCGACGAUUGUUUCGGGUGGUGCAGUCGCAGAUGACAGACCGAAUAGCAAGGGUUACUUCAUUGCGCCGACUGUUGUGGGUGAUGUCAAGCCCAACAUGCGCGUGUACCGGGAAGAAAUCUUCGGGCCGUUCGGUGUCUUCGUCAAAUUCAGCGAUGAGAAUGAAGUUAUCCAAAUGGCCAACGAUACAGAUUACGGUCUCGCAGCUGCUAUCUGUACUCGUGAUAACGCGAGGAUCCACCGCGUUGUGCCUAGACUCAAGGUCGGGAUGGUGUCUGUUAACGCUACCAACAAUAGUGACUUCCGGGUGCCGUUUGGGGGUGUGAAGCAGAGCGGAAUUGGGAGGGAGCUUGGACAGGCCGGGUUGGACGCGUAUUCUAGCAUGAAGGCUGUUCUGAUGAAUAUCACCUAG